CACUCAUUCCUACAGUAGCGUUAUCAGAGUAAUCGCUUAUCUCUCCUGCAGUUGUUACUUGUUAGUAGUUAGUUGUCAUUAAAUUUUUGAUCGACUCAUGUAUCUAUAAUUCUUCUAACUAUUUCAUUCGACGACUCUUAGUGUCCAAACCUUAUAACAACGUACAAAAUACCAAAAUUUAUCGAGCUGGUGAUUUUAAGAACAAUUGGCCAUGUUUUGCAGAGUUCUUUCGAAAGCAGAUGUAUCGUGAUGUAUUAAGUUUUUUACAUAUAUUUACAAAAUGGACAUCAAUAAAGAAUUUGAUAAUUUUCUGUCAAGCAUGAAGAAUUUCAACAUAAAUGUUGCAUCAGAAUUUUUAUCUAAUACUAGCUUUAAUAUAAAAUAUACUGGGGAAGUAAUAGAUGUACUUGGAAAGGGAUUAACAGAAGAAAAUUUUAAAAAUAGACCUGAUUACUUCAACUUUUGUGAAGAGCAAUUACUUAAAAUGGCAAAUGAUGAAAAGUAUCAAGAGGUAAUUUUUGAUUUUUUGGAUAUAAUUGAAGUAGAUGAUUGUAAAUUAUCAUCAUCUGUUCUAAUUGUGGUAACUGUUUUAGAGAAUACCAAAAAUCCAAAUCGAACAUCCUUAGAAUAUUUGUUGAUUAGCACUUUUAAUAAUUUAAACGGAAUGGAUGUGACAAAUUUAAGAGAAAUUUUGCUAAGCAUAAUACGACUUUUAAUUAAAUUAAAGAAACAUUUUCAACUUGAACAAUCACUAUUACAUUAUUUUGCUAGAAUUGCUUUCUUAGUGUUACGUGCUAACAUAGAUCCGAUUGAGUAUCUAAACUUAUUGUCUAGUAUAAUUUAUGAUCCUUUUUAUUUACUUGAAUUUGAAUUUGAUGAAAAGGAACAAGAACUACAUAUGGCUUCAUUCUUUUAUCUAUAUUUUAAAACUGGUAUACAAUGGGGACCUAAAAUUUACAAUCAGUUUUAUGUCUUAGAAAAAUGUUGUAAUUUAGCCAUGUCUGUAUAUGAUAACAAUAAUUUUGGAAAAUCUUUUGCAAAAUUAAUUUUGUCUAAAUUUAAAAAUAAUGAAAUUCCACUACAUUCUUUGAAUAAAUAUCACGAAAGUUUUUUAUUAGAAGCUGCACAUAGUUCAGUGUAUAACGAACAUUUGAAUAUUAGGAAGGAAUCAAUCGAAUCAUUAAUGAUAUUCUUGGAUAAAUUAAGCACUGAUGCUCAAUAUGUAGUUCUUAAGUAUGCAUUUUUAAAACCAUUGGAGUCUUCUAUUAAAGACCAAUUGAUUAUUAAGAUGAAAAAUCUGAUUAUAUUAAAAUUAAAAUCAAAUCAAGCUCUUAGAUAUUUUCAAGGAAUAACGCUUUUAGAACUUAUUCAAUUAUGUUGUAAUAUUCCUGAGAAACCUGGUUGCUAUAUUGAAAACAAUAAAGAACAUAUUUUAGGCGCUAUAUCACUUAUGUACUUCUUAUCAAUCAAUAACAAUGAAAAGUUGAAUCUGGGUGAAGAAUUUUUAAACCAAACUAAACAAUUUGUGAACAAAAUUCAAAAUACUAUCCAUCAUGCACGUGAACAGCACAAUUUUGAACAAAAAGUUUUAGAUGGUGAAAUUGUUACUGAAAAAAACAAUAUAAUGCAAGUAAAUAAUUUGAACUUUUCAGAUUUGUCUAAAAAUGAAAAGAGAGAUAUUUUAUCACGGAUUUACACUACUAUUACAUUAGUGCAGUCAAAUUUGAAUUUAUUGAAAAGCAUUAUUAAAGACUAAAGAAUUUCUGUGUAAAACAUUUAGAUUUAAUAUUUAGUAUAUUUUUUAUAUUUACUCUUAAAUUUAA